GGUUUAUAUACUGCUUGCACACAGUGAGCAUAAAGUAUCCAUAUGUUUUUGAGGCCAUCAGAUUUAGUUCGGCAGAUUUCAUGGAGUAGUGCAACACGUUUGCCCACAGCAGCUGGGGGCGCAGUGCUCGGACUGAGCUCCCACCCUGGAACCAGAGGCGGUCGUCGGUAGUUGGAGCGUCGCUGUGUCGUGGACGACGCGGUUCACCGAGCGGAAGAUGGCGACUGUUUGGAGGCUGCAGAGAAACCUCCGGAGCUGAUACCGGGGGGGAGAAGAUAAAAGACACACGCACGACCCACUUCAGAGCACAUCUAAAACAACGACAAUUAUGUCCCGCUCUCUUGACAAUGACGAUGGAUGCUUUGUUGCCAUGGAUACAGAAGAUGAUGGUACUGAGCCUGCCGGGAUAACAGAGGAUGUAGAUGAAAAGAUGGGGUCCUGCCGACAGGAAGGGAACAUGGAUAGUGGUGCCAAAGGAGAAGGGAGAACGAUGGUGGAGCUGCCAGAGGAAGUUCUCGAAUAUAUUCUGUCCUUCCUUUCACCUUACCAGGAGCACAAGACUGCUGCACUCGUAUGUAAGCAGUGGUAUCGCCUCAUCAAAGGUGUUGCCCAUCAGUGCUACCAUGGUUUCUUGAGAGCUGUUCAGGAGGGAAAUAUCCAGUGGGAAAGUCGCACAUACCCAUAUCCAGGAACCCCCAUAACGCAGCGCUUCUCCCACAGUGCAUGUUAUUAUGACUUAAACCAGUCCAUGUAUGUGUUUGGGGGUUGCACUCAAAGUAGCUGCAAUGCUGCCUUUAAUGAUCUAUGGAGACUUGACCUCAACAGUAAGGAGUGGAUCCGCCCUUUAGCCUCAGGCUCUUAUCCGUCUCCUAAAGCGGGAGCAACUCUAGUGAUGCACAAAGAUUUGUUAGUGCUCUUUGGGGGUUGGACUCGUCCCAGCCCAUACCCACUGCACCAACCAGAACGAUUUUUUGAUGAAAUCCACACCUACUCUCCUUCAAAGAACUGGUGGAACUGUAUAGUAACAACACAUGGACCUCCUCCCAUGGCCGGACAUUCCUCUUCUGUAAUUGGUAACACCAUGGUGGUGUUUGGGGGAUCAUUAGGAGCACGUCAAAUGAGUAAUGAAGUCUGGGUGCUGGAUCUGGAACAGUGGUCCUGGUCCAAACCACCGAUAUCUGGCUCAUCGCCUCACCCACGAGGAGGCCAAUCACAAAUUGUGAUUGAUGAUCAGACAUUGCUCAUCUUGGGUGGAUGUGGUGGUCCUAAUGCACUUCUUAAAGAUGCCUGGCUUCUUCACAUGGAUGCACCACCGUGGAGGUGGCAGCAGCUGCAGGUAGAAAACGAGGACCAUGGAGCCCCAGAGCUCUGGUGUCAUCCAGCCUGUAGGGUGGGACAGUGCGUGGUGGUAUUUUCACAGGCUCCGUCCGGCCGUGCACCGCUCAGCCCAAGUCUUAACUCCCGACCCUCCCCAAUAAGUGCCACCCCUGCCCCUCUGGGCCCUGAACCGCCUUCCUUGCGCUCUCAGUCUCCUGUUCGGAGUGGGGCUGCAGGUGUUGUCUUGGGAGCUGUUGAAGAGGCUCCAUGUGUAAACGGUCGAUGGGGCACGCUGAGACCCCGACCUUCAGCGAGAGGGAAUGCCAGAGAUGGAAGUCCAUCCUCAUCGCAGCAGCCAUCUCCUUCGCAGGGCCCAGACAGCCCCCCUCUUCCUCCCCUUCACCAGUUAUUAAAUGGAUCGUCCCCUUCACCUCGUACCAGCCCUGCUCAGGCUGCAUCUCCCCCCUCUCGCCCCCACCUACCUGCCCCCAUAGACUAUGGCUGGGAGUCUCCCCCUUCUGCCUCCCACCACCCUGAGGCACCCAGCACCAAUGGCCUGCAUACGCCACCUUCUGUCUCCCCGCGUACUCCCCCAGGAGCAGUUUCCCCUGCUGCCUUACGACGAGGGCUCGAGGCAGUGAAAAACAGGUCUUCCUCGUCUUUACCGUCUUCAUCGUCAUCGUCUUCCCUUCAUACACAAGGAGCUUCUUCUAGCGGAGGAAGUGUUGGAGGAGCGGGUCCCCCCGGUACCCCUCCGUCAUCAUCCUCCAGCCCACCACAAGCUGCGGGGGCCGAUGGACAUGCCAUUCCACCUAUUGCACGACGCCUCGGCCACCACCCGCCACAGAGCCUGAACGUAGGGAAACCUUUGUACCAGUCGCUCAACUGCAAACCCAUGCAGAUGUAUGUGCUUGAUGUGUCCCGAGCCAAAUCUGCUGGGGUGGUGUCCUGGAGAGUUUACGGCAAUGGGACCCCUGCUGCAGUCACAGGGCCACCAGAGACCAGCCUUCACACUGUGGUACAGGGCAGGGGGGAGCUUAUCAUUUUUGGGGGCCUCAUGGACAAAAAACAGAAUGUGAAGUACUACCCUAAAACCAACGCCUUGUACUUUGUACGCGCUAAAAGGUAAUGCAGCUCCAGGUGGGACAUGCUUCACCCUGUGACCACAAGGAAACUGACACACAAGGCCUUUUUUCUUUUAGAAGGAUUAUGGGGAAAAAUAUUGUUAGAUGUUUCACUUCAGAAAUUCACUAUUCUCCCUUCUGCCUACUCCAAGCGAUCAAAAUAAAACACUUUAACUACACUUUGAUAAAAAAACAUUAGUUUGAAUGAGAAUCUUGAUUUUGUGUGUGUGUGUGUGUGUGUGUGUGUGUGUGUGUGUGUGUGUGUGUGUGUGUGUGUGUGUGUGUGUGUGUGUGUGUGUGUGUGUGUGUGUGUGUGUGUGUGUGUGUGUGAGUGUGUGUGUGUGUGUGUGUGUGUGUGUGUGUGUGUGUGUGCUGUGAUUAAAGAGAAGUGGACAUGUUUUUGUUGUUCCUCAAAAAGUGAUCAACCAAACAGUGAUAUUUCUGUUUCUCUCCUAAACUGAAAGUGAGGAACUGUGGAAGAAAGAAUGGACGCUGUCGACAGAAACGGUUGAUGACUACCUUGCUUUUUGUAUCACUCUUGAAGCCUGCAAUGUUUACAUUAAAACCGUAUGAGUGUUUUGUGUGUGUGAGUUGUGUGUGCACGGUGGUGGUUAAAAGUUGUUGACUCAACUGUGUCGGGGCCAUGAUGAGUGAAACGUGUGACGCUGUACUAUAAACAUAGUAAAACAAUAAAGGCCUCCAUGUUGGCGCUGUCAGUCCUGAAA